CGGGGCCUGGGUGGGGGGAGAGAGAAGCAAGGCUGGGGAGGUGCCUCCCGCAAAGCCGAGCUGCAUCCGCUGCCAGAGACGGAGGGGAGCGAGAAGGAGAGAGGCGAGGACGGCAUCAGAGAGUCAGGUGGGAGCCGGAGAAGGGAGAAAGGCAGGAAGGAAAGCAAGAAGGAAGGAAGGAGAGAGACAUCUAUCCCUCCACGAGACUUUGGAGUGAUGGAUCUGCCACUGGAGGUCCCUCCGGUCCAGCCUCAACUGGAGACUCAGCAACUCCCUCCCUCCACCCAGGUCUGCGAAUUGCGCACGGCUGUGUCCUGUUUUGCUGAGGAGACCGUCUCCAUGCUCUCGGCCAACGGCCUUCUGAAUCACUCUGUACUCAGGACAGCAGGUGGCAUGGGGUCCCAAACAAAGGAGCAUGGGGCAAACUCAGCCAUGGCCCGCCGCAAGCGAGAGUUCACCCCAGAUGAGAAGAAGGAUGAUGGCUACUGGGACAAAAGGAAGAAGAACAACGAGGCUGCCAAGCGUUCCCGGGAGAAGCGGCGGGUCAGCGAUCUGGCCCUGGAGGGGCGGGUGCUGGCCCUGUUGGAGGAGAACGCUCGCCUCAAGGCCGAACUGCUGGCCCUCAAAUUCCGCUUUGGUUUGAUUCGGGAUCCAAUGGAGCCUGUCCGACCAGUGGUGGCCCUUCCCCCUGGCCCAGAGGUCCCCCGGCCAGCCACAACACCACAGCACUACCCAGUGGCUCCUGAGCCACCGCGCUAUGCCUGCCCUUUCCGACCAGAGCCGGCCACCAGCUCUGAGGAUUCUGGGUUCUCCACCCCAGGCAGUUCCAAUAUGGGGAGCCCUGUCUUUUUUGAGGAGCGUGACAGAGUUGAAGAAGGAAUGGUUUAUGACGGGCAGUGCUUGGUGCCCGAGGCUCCUGUUGACGGAGCCGAUUUGGGCCGAGCUGGCCGUUAUGACUCUGGGGAGAGUGUCAAAGGGCUCCCUCACAAGCUGCGUUUCAAAAUGGCUGUAGGGUCAGAGGAGGUUGCCGGGGAGCCCUCUGGACAUUACCCACCAUCUUCUCCACCCGUUGGAACAUGGAGAAGCCCAGCCACCCGAGAGGAGCAGAGGAACGUGGGAGUGCCUGGUGGAGCCAUGGCAUUUGACAGCUGCUGCGAAACAGACACCCCUGGGGUCCAGCUGCCAGCCCUUCCGGGGUCCCACUACCAGACAGAAAACAGCACCUUGCGGAGCCAACUCGCCUCACUUUCUGCUGAAGUGGCCCAGCUCAAAAAGCUCUUCUCUGAACAGAUCCUCAUCAAGAUGAACUGAGCAAGGGCAGGAAGCUGAAUGCCUGGGCUCAUAGGCAGAGGGUGGGUUCCUUUCCCUCCUCACCCCCACUCCCGAAUUGUCAAGCCCUAUGUUUGUACAUAAUGUGGCCCUGUGGGGUCGGUUUCUUCUGUUUCCAUUCAUUAGAACUCCUUACUUUACUAUUUGUGCUAUUAACUCCUGCUUCUGGCAGCUCUCAAACUUUUUAUGUUCAGGAAAUUCAGGAAAUAUAUUUUCUAUUUGAACUUUUCUGCCAGAAAACCUUAGUGUUAGAAGAUUCCAGUAGGCAUCGUUCACAUGGGCCAGAUGGGGUCUAUGAUACUCCUAGCAGGCUGUAAAGGAUAAUGGUUUAUGGACAGUGACUGUCAGUGUGAAACUUGAGGCAAAGGGCAAUAUGGAUCCUAUCCCACCCCAUUUAAUGUACCAAAGUGAAAUGGGCUAGCAAUUCAAUUUGACUUGGAUGAUGGGGCUGUCUCCUACUCCAUACCUACUUUAGAGUGUGCAUGAUAAGCCAUGUGUCACACCCAAAUCUAUUUUCUACGAGGGUUGAAUGAAAAGUAAUGCCUCCACCUUCGUAACUCCUCAACACAGGCCCGUAGCCAGGAUUUCGA